AUGGCCUCCAUCGAAGCGCCGGCCACGGCCGAUGCCAAUCCUGUAGAACUCCCGCCGGACGGUGGCCUCUGGGCGUGGCUUCAGAUUGUAGCCGGACAUCUUAUUGUCUUCAACACCUGGGGCUACAUCAUUAGCUUCGGCAUCUUCCAGCCAUACUACAUGCAGAUGCUCAACCUUGAGGCCUCAGCCGUAUCCUGGAUCGGCAGCAUCCAGACUUUCCUCUUGUUUCUCAUUGGCACCUUCUCUGGACGUGCCUUUGACGCUGGAUACUACAGGACUUUCCUGAUAGUGGGAUUUCUCAUGCAGCUGGUGGGCAUCUUCACGACGAGUGUGUCGACCACAUACUGGCAGCUCUUUCUUGCGCAAGGACUUUGCCAGGGCUUGGGCUGCGGACUUGUCUUUGCGCCGACGAUUGCCAACAUGUCGACGUACUUUUCCAAGAAGAGGGUACUGGCCUUGUCAGCGGCGGCUUGCGGUGGUGGAACUGGAGGCGUCAUCUUCCCCUUGAUUGCGCAGCAGCUGAUUCCCAAGAUUGGAUUUCGCUGGACGGUACGAGUCAUGGGGUUCGUGGUUCUGGCUAGCAGCAUCAUCAUCGUUUCGCUCGUGAGGACGAGGCUGCCGGCGCGAAAGGCUGGUCCCCUGGUCGACUGGUCUGCUUUCAAAGAGUUGACAUAUGUUCUGUUUGCCAUCAGCAUGUUCAUCACGCUUUGGGCAACGUAUUUUGCAUACUACUAUGCACGCGCGUAUUCAAUAGAUCAACUUGGCGGAUCGCAAUCGACGUCUUUCAAUAUGCUCAUGAUUAUCAACGCCAUUGGCAUUCCAGGACGACUUGUACCAGCUUUCCUGGCCGACCGAUACUUUGGAGCCGUCAACGUGUUCAUCCCCACGAUCCUGUCCGCUGCCGUCUGCAUAUUUGCUUGGGCCGGGGUCGGUUCCAUCACCGGAGACUAUGUCUGGGUCCGUUGCAGCACUUACUGGGCCACCGCUGGCUGGAAAGCUGGUUGUGGUGGCCAAUGGAAGCUAUAUCGGAGCACAGAUCUGGGGAGGAGUUUGUCUCGUCGUUGGGGCAAUGUUUCUAAUAGCCGCGAGGUGGGCGAGCCAACGGGAGAUUGCGAAGAGCAAGGAGCUAUCGAUGAUAUCUCAAGAAUAAAAGCAACGUGA